AUGGCCCAAAAUCCCUUUCUAUUGGCUUGCGACAACCCCCAGGCACUGUUGGAUGUGCUGCGCCCCAACCCCUCGAUCGCAUCCAGUCAAGAUGAGUCCGGUUACUCAUUGCUGCACGCCGCAGCCUCCUACGGCCAUGUUGAUCUCCUACGCGCUCUAGUGAAAGAAUUCAACGUCGAUGUGAAUCUCCUCGAUGAAGAUGGCGAGACAUGUCUAUUUGUGGCCGAACAAACCAAUGUCGCACGCUGUUUAGUGGAGGAGCUGGGCGUGGACGUCAAUAAGAAGAAUGCUGAGGAACUUACAGCCGUGGAAAAGAUGGAGACCGAGGAGGAGUUCCCAGAGGUUGCUGCCUACCUCCGUGAAGUGGUUGGGGGCGCUUCUGCGCAAGCGGUCACCCCGGCAGACGUUUUGAACUCCCCUGGUCCUAUCCCUGGCAGCGAUUUGAGGGUCAGGGUUGGCACAAUGACGGAGGAAGAAGCUACCGGGGGUAUGAGUGAACCGGAUCCGGAGUUCAGGAGGCGCAUUGAGGAACUGGCGACUCGUGAAGAUUAUUACAGCGAGGAGGUGCAGAAUGAGGUGCGCGAGCUGGUCAAGGAUGCCAUGGCCGGGUCGAAUAUUGAGGCUAUGGAGCGGGAUCUUCGGAGGAGAAAUGAAUAA